AUGGAUAAAAUUAUAUUUUCAAAGAUAUUUAAUAAUCAAGUAUUACUUAGAUUGAUUUCCAACUAUGUAAAACAGAUAAACAAGGAGCAUCAUGCUGGCAGUAGAUGUUAUGAUUGGUACGAACUGGUUUUGACUCCACAUGCUUUAGCUGGUAACAACUAUUUGCAAUUGCUAAAGGAGUAUUUUAUGAAUGAGGAGAAUAAUAAUAUUACUUCCACCACCACCCAAACUCAAACCCAACACCAACAAUCAAAACAAUACAGUGCCAAUGUAAUGAAAGGUGCGAUACGUGGUGGUAAUCUGGAGUUAUUCGAAUAUCUAUUGGUGCACUAUCAAGUCGACAAAGAGGAGUUGCAGUUGAUUGAGUCGGAAUUGAAUGAGUUGCUCGCUCUCUCCUCUUACUAUGGCAGAUCGGACCUGGUUCACUAUUUAUUGGCGAGGUUUUCUACCGCUACCUUUCAAUUCAAUUGCUAUAAGGCAAUGGUGAAUGCUCCAUUGUCUGGUGACAUCGAGCUGUUGAAGCUGUUUACCAGUAGAGUGCUACCUUCAAAGAAACUUGGUGUCAAUGUCUUUGAGAACGCUGCAUUUAUAGGUCGUUUCGAUAUGAUUGAAUGGUUGAUGGAGAAUCGAUCACACGAUUACCCAUUGCACAAAAGAAGAUUGUUUACUGGUGCUGUUAGAAGUGGGAAGCCGGAGGUUGUUCAAUACCUGAUAGAUAAACAUCUAGCAAUAAUGGAUGAACAUUCCCUGGCAAAUAUCAUAGUCUUGGCAGUGGAUUACGAUCAAUUUGAAAUAUUGAAAUUGUUUUUGCAACUACCGGUAGUGGAUUGUCCAGAGAAUCUCAUUGAUUCUGCAAGUAGGAAUGGAAACAUUCGAAUGGUACAGUGGUUACAUGAAAAUACAACGACCGGUUGUUCGGAAAAAGCUAUGGAUUCAGCAGCAGAAAUUGGUAAUCUUCCAUUGGUACAGUGGUUACACCAUAAUCGAACAGAAGGAUGUUCUACUGUUGCUAUGGAUAUGGCGGCGUAUCAUUCACACUCUGAAAUAGUCGAGUGGCUCUAUAAUAAUAGAACUGAAGGAUGUCAAGAAGCAAUGUAUUAUUGUGUAGUUAAUGAUGACGUUGAGCAAUUCAAGUGGUUCUACGAGAGGAACUUUUCUUGUUCCGAUAGCUUGGCAAAUGUAGCUGCCAGACUCAACAACAAGAAAAUACUUGCUUGGAUUUUAGAAAACACAACCCUUCGAUUUACUGAUGAUAUAGUUAAACAAAUUAUGUCUACAGGACAUAUUGACAUGAUCGAGUACCUCAGUGAGAACAAGGAAAUUAGUAAGCAAUUCACUGCAAGAACAAUGGAUGAAGCUGCUGCCAACAAUAAACUGAAUAUGCUGAUUUGGCUGCAUGAAAACAGGACUGAAGGGUGUACAAAGCAAGCGUAUAUAGAUUCAAUAACAAAAGGACACCUCCGUAUUGUUGAAUGGUUAUUUAAGAAUCGUACAGAAUAUGAUUAUAGCUCUUUUCCACUCAGAAAUUACAUAGAUCGAUUUUUCUAUGAUGAUUUAUCGAAAAUGUUGGAAUGGAUGUUAAUAAAUAUUCCGACUCCAACUGAGGAACUUGUAGAUUAUGAAAAAGAACUAACUGAAAUAUAUCCAACUUCCAAAGAAACAAUUAGAGUUUUACAAGAUUUUAUCAAAUCAAAACAAUCUGAAUCCUAA